AAUACAAAAGGGAAAAAAAACAUUUCCUGCUCGAUUUUUUUCUUUUUUUCUCUCUCUCUCGGUUGCGAUUGAAUCGACGAAACGAUUGAUGAAUUUGGAAUCAGAAGCUUGAAGGUUUUGAAUCGAAGGACCUGGAAUCAGAGGAAGGUGGACAUGGUAGCUUCUCAAAUGAUCUGAGGUUGAACAAUGCGAACAGUAUCUGCCUCAAAUUGAAAAAAUCUGUGAAGCUGUUGAGAAAGUUGUGGUUUGAUGUGGUGUUGUGGAGGUUUCAGAGCGGUGGUGUUGUGGAGGUUUCAGAGCGGAUCCGUUUGAGGCUUUGAUGUGGCUCUGUUGGUGGCUCAGUUUAUGUUGCCUUGUGUGUAGCUGUUUGUUGUUUGUAGUUUUUUUGUUCAGGUUGCGACUUUGGCGAAGUGUGGAGGAGUUAAUGAGCUUUUGUCACCCUUGGGGGAAGUGUGUAGGGGAGUCUGAUGUUGUGAGUAAGGUGGAGCCGGCUUAUCCAUCUCUCUUGCUAGCAGCAACAUUGGAUUCUGAUGAGCAUUUCCCAAGCUGCUAGCAUUGGAUGCUGCACAUAUUUCUAGCGUUUGAGCUUACAAUUAUGCUUUCUCUUAAUCGAUUUUGUUUUUUUCUUUCUGUAUAAGUGACAUUACAUAUCUCUGUUUCUUUGAUGCAGACCAUCGAGAUUAAUGUGUGUGAGGGUUAGAAGAGAAGAAAGAAACAUUGUGAAAGUGAAUGGUUUGCAUAUGAAGCUAGAACCAUACAAGGAGAUUGUAUCUGCUGCUUUGUUUGACAUUAUAGUUCAGAGACAAUCUUUUCACUAAGGUACCACCACCAGCUCGAACCAAGAAAGACUAGGGUUUUGUCUGUGAGAAAGGAAGAAAGACGAAGACAGCGAUGAAUUCGUUAACAGUUGAACAAGUCCUGAAAGAGAAGAAGACCCAUGACCCAGAUUCCGUAAAGGAACUUAACCUUGGCCACAAAGCUCUCACCGAUGUGUCUUGUUUGAGCAAAUUCAAAAACUUGGAGAAGCUUGACCUUCGUUUCAACAACCUUAAGGAUCUUCAGGGACUCAAGUCGUGUGUGAAUUUGAAGUGGCUUUCAGUUGUGGAAAAUAAAUUGCAAAGCUUAAGUGGAAUCGAAACACUAACUAAGCUUACAGUGCUAAAUGCUGGAAAGAAUAAGCUCAAAUCCAUGAAUGAGGUAUCUUCUCUUGUCAAUUUGGGAGCCUUGAUUUUAAACGACAAUGAAAUCUCCUCCAUUUGUAAGCUAGAUCUACUGAAAGACUUAAACAGUCUCGUUCUUUCUAGGAAUCCAAUCAGUGAAAUUGGUGACUCGCUUUCAAAGUCGAAAAAACUCACUAAAAUUUCUUUGUCUAACUGCAGGAUAAAAGCUAUAGGCUCUUCUCUCAAGUCAUGCUCUGAUUUGAAAGAGCUACGACUCGCCCACAAUGAGAUUAAGGCUCUUCCGGCUGAACUAGCUGUCAACAAAAGACUACUGAAUUUGGAUGUCGGAAACAACAUGAUCACAAAACUCUCUGGUUUAGAGGUUUUGGGGACACUAUCUUGCUUACGAAACUUGAAUAUUCGAGGAAACCUGAUCUCUGAUAACGAUAAGUCAGUUAAGCAGGUGAUAAAGUUGCUCCCCUCUUCAGUGAAUGUAUUCAACGCUCAACCACUAGAUAAAAUCUCAAGCAAGGGAAAGCAUAUCCGGCUUGAUACCGAUGAUGAAACCUUUGAUGCUCAUCACAACAAAUCGACAGAAGAAGAACAAUCCAAAGAAGAUAGAAAAAGCAAGAAGAGCUCCAAGAGAAACAAGUCAGAAGACGAAGAAGAAGCCAAUAAUGAUGAUCACAAGAGCAAGAAGAAGAAGUCUAAGAGCAACCCACAUGUAGAUCAAGUUGAAACAGAGAGAAGAGAAGAACCUAAAAAGAAGAAUACACAAAGUGACAAAGACGAUGAUGCUACUGAGAAGAAACAGAAAAAGGCUAUUCCAAAGGAGGAACUCGAUGCUAUCGAUGAUGCAGAAACAUCUUUCGCAGAAAUCUUUUCCCGGGACAAUGUGUCAAAGGGUUCUUCUGGAGACAAUAUUGAGAAGAAGAAGAGAAGCACCGGACAAGAGACAGGUCUAGUGAAAGUGAUAGAGAACAACAAUAGGAAUAAGAAGAAAACAGAAAAGAACCAAAGCAAGAAGAGUGUAGUGAUUGAUCUUCCCAUGGAAGUUGAGAUCGGGUUGGGAGGUGAGUCAAAGUGGGAAUAAUACCGGAUAAACGGAAGCUCUGGUCGUGCAACACUUUAGAGACCAGGGAAAGUUAUGUCUUAAAACAUCCAACGACUAGGGUGAUUGAAGUACACUGAUAUGAUAUAUCUGAUGGUUAAGAAACAAAUGUUUAGUGAUUUCGAUCCCCUUUAUAAAAUGGUUUUGCAGUUUUGUGAAAUACACUUGGUUUUAACUAUUUACACUUGAUUGAUC